GUGCAAAACAUGGCUAACACGUGUUUUCACAAUGUGUACGUCGGAUCAGAAACAGGCUUGUUAAAAGGAGUACAUGUGGAAAAGAAUGCAUGGAACAAUGUCAACACUGUGGAAAAGUUGGAUAAGAACAAUGAAAUAUGCUGUAUGUGUUGGGGAAAUCAUGAGCAAACAGAGGUAUGCUUUGGCACAAAAAGUCAGUUCGUUCACAGCUAUAAUAUUGACAGUGGAGAAUGGAAUGAAACUGAGACUUGCAGCGGUGGCAGCGGAAAGUUCUGUGGGCUGUCAAAGUAUGAAAAGCAUUAUUUAACAGCAGUGGAAUCAGGGCUUGUUAAAGUGUGGCAUGAAAAUACAGAUGAUGUGGUGGAGAUUGAUGCUGGAGCAGAGCUGUGUUGUAUGUGCCACAGCGAGCAGAAUCCACACCUGGUAGCAACGGGAGGAAAGGAAAACGACUUCAAGUUAUGGGAUCUCAGUAAUGCCAAACAACCAAUCUUCAAAGCUAAAAAUGUCAGGAAUGACUGGCUGAACCUUCGUGCACCGGUGUGGGUGCUAGGAAUCCAGUUUAUCCCCGACUCUCAGAAAGUGAUCACAUGCACGGGAUAUCACCAGGUCAGAAUUUACGAUCCGUCUUCACCUCAGCGACGACCAGUGAUGGAGAUGACAUUUGACGAGUACCCACUGUCAGCCAUGACUAUACGACCCCAGGGAACACAGGUGAUAGUAGGCAACACACAGGGAAAAAUGGGUAUGAUGGACCUGAGAAAAGGUCAAAUGGUCCAGUGUUACAAGGGCUUUGCGGGCGGUAUCCGAAGCCUGCAGUGCCAUCCCACAAUGCCUUUGGUGGCUUCCUGUGGCCUGGACAGAUUUCUCCGCAUCCACCAUAUUGAUUCUGGACACCUCUUACAUAAGAUUUAUCUCAAGUCUCGUCUGAAUUGUUUGCUGUUUGCUUCCAAGUGGAAUCCUGAUGUCACGACGAUGACAGAUGAAAACAAAGCCGAUGUGAAGGAAAAGCAAGUAGAUGUCAUGGAUGAAGGGGACUCAGACAAUGAAGAUGAACUGUGGGCAAAAAUGGAGGCCGUCAAAACUAAAACUGUGCUAAAACAUAAAGCUGACAAACACAUCACUCAGAGAGAAACAAAAGUCAACAUACACCAGAAAGAACCAGUGAAAAGGCCUCACUCCUCAGAAAACAAAACAAAACCAAACAAAAAGAGGAAUAAAAAGCAUGUAUGA